CAACUCUGGAGGGGAGGAUUCUGAAAACAGCAGCUGAUAGCUCAAUGGCCGAAUUUUGGACACCCAAUCUGGGCAGAAGAUACGAGGGUUCCUCUCCGCUAGUAAGAUGCAGUCUGUGAGUCACAUUGGCCCUUGCUGCAGUGCUGAUAAAGCCUCAAAUGGGAGAGCAGACUUGGAGUCAUCCGCAAUGCUCUCGUGAGUCACUACGCUACUAUUACUAUUUAAGCGCCACUUCAUCUCACUAAGGGAGAGACCCUCGAACCGUCUGUCAGAAGCUUGUUUCCAACUUACAAGCCCAGCCCAAAACUCAAUUGCGACAACAUCGGCGUCAAUUGACCAAUCCUGUACCUCGAUCCAUCAGCAAUCAACACCAUUGACAAGAUCACAAUGGGUUCCAGCACGACCAUCGAGUUCGGCAAGUCGCUGAAGGAGCAAUUCCUCUUCGACCCCGAUUGGCGCAAUCUGAACAACGGCUCCUACGGCGCCAUGUCCCGGUACGUCCGCGAAAAGCAACUGGAAUACCAGAACCGCGCCGAAUCUCGCCCAGAUCAGUACAUCCGCUACGAGUACCCGGAAGCCCUCGACGCCUCUCGCACCGCGUUGGCCGGACACCUCAAUGUCUCCCCCAACACGGUCGUCUUCGCCGCCAACGCGACCACGGCCUUCAACAUCAUCAUCCGCAACAUCAGCUGGGCCGCCGAUGGCAAAGACGAGAUCAUCACCUUCUCCACUAUUUACGGCGGCUGCAACAGCACUGUCGAAUACAUCGUCGAUACCAACCCGGGCCUCGUGUCCUCCCGCACCAUCCUCCUGACCUAUCCGCUCGAGGAUGACGAGAUCCUCACGCUUUUCCGCGAGGCCGUCACGCUCGCACACGCCGAGGGCAAACGGCCCCGUGUUGCUGUCUACGAUGUCGUCUCCUCCCAGCCCGGCGUGCGGUUCCCCUUCGAGGCUCUCACAGCCGUGUGCCGCGAGCUCGGUGUGCUGAGCCUCGUCGACGGCGCCCAGGGCGUGGGCAUGGUUGAAAUCGACCUGGCCGCUCUGGACGCUGACUUCUUCCUGUCCAACUGCCACAAGUGGCUCAACACGCCGCGUGGGUGCGCCUUCUUGCACGUCCCCUUCCGCAACCAGGGGCUGAUCAGGAGCACCCUCCCGACGAGUCGUGGGUACGUCCCCCUCCGUGUCACUGAGAAGCAGGCCCCGGCUCCGGCGGAGGAUGUGGGCGUCAAGUCGGCGUGGGUGCAGAGCUUCGACUUCAUCGGGACCCUGGACAACAGCCAGCCUGUGGUUGUCAAGGACGCGCUGCAGUGGCGCGAGGAGGUGCUCGGCGGCGAGGAGCGUAUCCGGCAGUACCUCUGGCGGCUGGCUAAGGAGGGAGGAAAGAGGACAGCCGAGAUCCUGGGCACCGAAGUCAUUGAUAACAAGACCGGGACGCUGACAAACUGCGCAAUGGUCAACGUGUGGUUGCCUGUUAAGAGCGCCGAUGUGCAGGAUGGAGUCUUGGCAUGGGCGCAGGAGCUCUUGGUCAAGGAGUAUAAGACAUUCAUGGCGCUGUCGCAGCACAACGGGCAGUGGUACACCCGACUCAGCGCGGGGGUGUAUCUCGAUCUCGAGGACUUUGAGUGGGCUGGCAAGGUACUAAAGGAAGUAUGCGAGAGGGUGCUUAAGGAAAAAGCGAGGAAGAAAGUUAGCUCGGCCUAAAGAGCGCCCUUUUCGUUGACGAGAGAUACAAGGCUGUAGAAUUCUUCAUUAGCUGUUGUUGGAUUAUAUCACUAAAUAACACUAGCUACAGUAAUACCAGCGGUAUUCGUGA